AAAGGCCAGAACAGAUGCAGGUGAGAGAUUCAGUCUUUUAAUGAGAUGACAUUAGAAAAAAAUCUCAUGGGCCGGGGUAAAUAUCAAACGUGAGCACCUGACCUUUCAGAGAGGAGGACCAGUGUGCUGCUGCAUCAGGCUGUGCACGUGCCAGGGCACUGCAUGGAAAAAGUUGGGCACAAUUCAGAGAAGAAGUGCUUGCUGUGUUUUGGGAGAAAUAUCCUGGGAUACUUGGGCUGGUGGUACCUCUGAUGCUUGAAGCAUCUUUGCAUCCACCUCUGGAGUUGCCAUAGAAACACUCCUGUGCUAGAGCCUGCAUCAACACGGGGCCCUAAAUUGAGUAUUGAGGCUUGUAGCAGCUGGGGGGACUCGCCAGCAGCAGGACAAGGUGAUUUGUGCUGUGCUGGGAGGUCUGGGGGCUGGAUAGGGGGAUCCUGUCCUCUGAGCACAGCAGAUGCAGGGCUCUGGCACUCUGCUGUGAAUAUAGCAGCAAACUGCACUUUCACAACACCCCUAAAAUGCCUUGGUGGGACAGGUAUGGUACCCCUCCAUAGCCUACCUGUCCUUUCCAGAAGCCACCGAGGCUCCUAAGAACUUCACUCAUCCCAACUUUUGUCACAUGCAACCCUAAAUCACAAUGUUGCACUGGAAACACAGACCUGAUUAAUGAACUCGUCCCAUGGGAGCACGGCAUGGAGAGGAUAAAUCAGGCACUGAGUCACCAGCAGGCUGACACUCUUCUGCAGCAUUCCCUUCCAACGUGGCAGGCUGCAGAAUGGGUGCCAGUGCUUGGAACUGCCCUUUCCAAGUGCAAGGCCAUGCCAGCUGCACCUUAGCACUUUGCUGUUGUGUGUCCCCACUGCGGUGACAUUUCCUGCAGCCCUACCGUCAGCCUGCCUCUUUUAUUAGCACCCAAGUCUCUUUCGUGUGACUGGGGAGUUUAGGGUGCAUCCACAGACCACAGCACCACUUGACUUGACUGUUUCAAUUGAGAAGAAUCUGCGACCUUUCCUAAAAGUCUGGAUUGCUCAUUAUUUUCUCUCUCCACUUUUGGGCACCGGAGCAGAAUCCCAACCAAAUGAGGGGAAGAGAGCAUCCAAGACAAGAGCCAAGAAUGCCUUGGGAUGGGUGUUGAAAUCUUCAGGCAAAAAGGCAAAACAAAUGAUAGCCCUGACUGCUUAAGACUGACACAUUAUUAAGCGAAGAGCUCAUGUGAGUUGCUAAUGAAAUGCUAACAAAUCAAAGAAAACCAGCUGAGGGACGUACAAGGUAUAUUGCUGCCUGUCUCCUGAUAUGUUCUUCUAAUUUUUACUAAAUGAAAGUCUUCAAGUGUCUGGCCAGACUCCCUAAUGCUAGAAGCACAGUCUGUUACUCCAGAUAGGAGGAAUUCUACAAGCCAGCACCUGGCAACACUUCUGAUCUCCACAGAGCUGUGUUAUGGAUGAGGGAGACUGGGACUGGAGCUAGCUGUCAAACCUAUAAUUAAAAAAAUGUGUUUUCUUAUAGAAAUUUCUUUCUGUUGUCAGGAGAGAUGGAAUACAAAAUCUCAUUUACCAUAUUCCACAAAUUUUGUAGACGCUCAAACCAGAAAGCUCCAGCCACAUCAGAAACAUGAAUAGUCCUGCAUAAUAACUUAAAAUAACGCACCGAUUCCUAUGGCUCACACACAAAGCGCCAGCAAAUCCUUUCCUAAUAACAGUGCUGUAAGAGGUAGGAGGCCCUAUGGGCUCCUACAAAUGGAGUUCUAGAUUUUCCAAUAAAAGGAUGGAAAAACCAACAGUGAUUCAGGGACACAUCUGACCUCCAAGCAGCAAUAGCAGUGCUGGGCAUUGCCCUGCACACUCAAGCUGUACAAAGCAUACCAAACCCUUCCUUUACUCAACUGGUGCCAUAUCCACAGAUAUCUCUGCAGCAGUGCUCUCUGGAGGAAAGCUGGGCUUCCAUCCUUAGACAGUUUGACUAUCAGACCAUUGCAGUGGGAGCACAGCUUCUGUUUCAGUCCUAGAAAAGCUUCCUACCACAGAAUCAUCGCACAGGCAAGAGUUAACGACCACAGAAAUAAAUUUGAGCUAUUUAUACAGAUGUAACUCUGUUGUUAUAAGCAAAGACAGUGCAGCAGAUUUGCUCCAAGAUGUCUGUGAAGGGUAAAAGUCCAUAAUUCUUCAAGUCAAGGCUUAAGUUCUGCAGGAUUUGUUAAGGAAACACAGCAUAGUUAUUGUUUUGACACCUUGCAGCUCCGGGCUGCAUUACUGCUAAAAUCUCUCUCCAGGCAAGAGGAGUUUGAAGGGGAUGCGAUGAACCCCUCUAAUCUAUCUUCAAAUUUAUAGCAGCUUCAUUUCUGCAGCAUUCUGUUGCUUAUGGAGCACCUUCAGAACUGGCAAACAAACAGCUUAACUGGCAUUAAUAUAGCUUUGAAUUAAAAGGGGAAAAAAUAAGCAAGCAAACGUGCCCAUUUUCCAUUUCUGAAGACAAGGAGGAUAAAAAUUCCUGUGAAACCAUAUUUGAGAGUCUUUCUUCAGGGCACGUUUCCAUCAUAGGUUAUUUCUGUCAGAGUAGCAAGUAAAAUUAAGCUGCGCUGCAUUUCUGAGAGUGCUGCUGACACUGGGGACUGCACAGCCCUCGGGCACAAUGCACCCCAACCUGCUGCACCAAGCAGCCAAGGGUCCCCAGGCUCAAGCACCUCCUUUUUACACAGCACUGGGGUGGGUCCCACAUGUAUGGGGACAGCUGAGAACCCAGUUCUGUGAGCAGCCUGCAGGCCCAGCUCCAGCAGCCACACUGGCUGCGUCAGCCAUGUUGGCCGUGGCAGCCAUGUUGUCUAGGCCUCACUAGGCCGCGCUCCAUGCACAGCAGCUGUGCUGUGUCCUGAGGGAGCCUGUAAUACUCAAACUGCUCAGGCAGUACAUGAGUUUCUUGGGGACAGAGCCCAGGGGACGCAUUCCUCACCUCAGCCCCAAAAACACGCUGGUUGCAGGGUGACCAGGCUGCAGGUUGGCUGCUGCCACUGCAGUGCAGCCUGCACCCCCACAGGUGCCUGUAUGCAGGAUCAAUAGCUCUUGUAUUUUUCUUUUCUAACAGUUAAUCUUGAGGUGGGGGGGAAUGAAUUUAAACAUCUGGAAUAUCAAGGAGAUGCUCAGCACUCCCACAGCCUCUGGGCCAAACAAGCUCUUUUCCCGGAGCAGUGCUCCGAGUGACUACUCAAGUCUGAGUGAUUCCCAGGUGCUCUUCGGCUCCCAGUUCUGCCCAGAGAAUGUGCAGUCAGCAGCACCGCUGGAGCUGGGUGUGCAGCUGGGCCAGCACAACUCCCAGGAUAGCGAGCCCAGUAUUUUUACCAAAUACCAAGCAAAACCACAGCUAUUUGAUGAAGAUACGAAAGAAAAAGGGCUGCUUAGCUUUGGAGCAGGACAGGGGAUGAGAGUCCUGGAAAACUUCAAAGCAAAUAAGAACAAAAUAAAGGACAAAUACGACCGAGAAGUGUUAAGCACCUUCAUUUCCAGCAUCAACGACAGGCUCCAAGGGCUGCAAUCGUGCUUGGACAAGUUUGAAGAAGAGUUCAAUUCAAGAAACAAAUCAAUUUCUGUUCACCUGGAGACCGUUUCCAGGACACUGCAAGAUGCUCUUCAAAGUCACAGCAACGUGGUGCUGAAAGCCCUGGAAGAUAAAAGCCAAAUGGAGCGGGCGCUGCUGGAGAUGGAGGGGAGGCUGGCGGCCAAAGAUGUGGAGAUUUCGGACGUGAAAUCCAGUGUCCAGCAGCUGAAGGAGGGCCUGGAGUCGCUGCCAGCCCAGCUCGGUGACCACCACCUGAAGCUGUGUGAAGAAUUACACUCCCUGAAGCUCCCCAGUGCCUUAGCUGAGCUGCAGACCUUCAUGUCCAGUGCCAGAGCCCCCCCCAGGAUGGUGGAUAACUCCUCCCAGACCUCGCCUGGCACACGCCAAGACUGUGGCCCACAUCAGCAGAAAGCGCGCUGGCUGUGCUGCUGUGCUAUGGGGGGCUGCAGCUCCUCGGGUCUGUCUGCAGCGGGGAAGCAGCACAGAGUCACUGGGGAUGUGACACCUCGGAGUGGCUCCGAUACAGCUUCUGAAAACAAAGUCAGCCCCGUUGCUACAGCCGUGUGUGGCAGGGAAGUGGAAUCUGCUUUGGUAGCACAGAGCUGCUCUCACCAUCCGUGUGUGCUCAGUGCUAACAGCCAGUUCCUGGGGGAUGGUCGGAAGAAGCACAUUCCCAUACUGCAGGAGAUAUCCCCAGUCACUCCUCUGAGGAAGGCAAUCCGCAGAGGCACUGGAGGAUUUAAACCCCUGACGCCAUCACAACAGAGGCAGCCUCAAGUGUGCCAUCUCUUUGUGCAAAGCAACGUGUCUGGGCAAAGAGAUGGGAACUCGUCCACAGACCUGGAGCUGGAGAACAUAGCCGUAGGGAACAAGGCAAGGCAGAAGGUGGGAAGGAUCCCUUGGAAUAAAGCAAUGGAGAGGAAGAAAACAUACCCUAGCAAGAAAAAAAGGGAGCUCGCCAGGUGUGCUGAUGGUGGGCUGAAGCAAGUAAGAGCAAACAGGAUUAUCGGGUUGGGAAGCACCAGAAAGAAUUGCUUUCCCAGAUAUACAGUUGCUCUCAGUUUAGCCAGCUCUAACACAAUUCCCGCAGCUCCCCCUCCACAGAUGCUCAGCGGUGCUCAGCCCAGGCUUACAAUGAGCUCCCUGCCAGCGCCGUGCUCCAAUAAAAGCAUGCUCCAACCUGCAGAGCAAACGAAGAGAAGUCUUGAAAACAAGACAAGUGUGAUGGUCUCCAGCGUGAGAAGGGAUUUCUGGGAUUCCUCUCCCCAGGAGAGUCUGUUCUCCCUGUGCAGAGCAGGUGACAAACAGGAGAGCUGCUCCAUAGGCUCCACCAACCCGUGUGCUGGCAACGUGCAGGGCAUGGAGUGUUGCUCCUUGGUUUUUGAUAGCGAUUAUUCAGAUUGAGGGGUUUCAUUUUCAGAGCCUCCAGUGCAGACAUGGCCCUCUCUCUGUUGCCGUUUAUUCCUCCUGUUAAUGUGUCCUACAUCUGAUGGUGGGAGCUCAUACUGCCAAGAAGGGCUGAGCGUACCCAUGUGAGCGCAGCCCCUUGCAAACAGGCAGGGCUCCUGCCUGGCGCCCAAGCAAGUCGCUGCCUGCUCAGAUCCGUGCUCAGGGACAGCGUGGGAUCUGAGGCUUGGAAAGCUGCGUGGGUCUGCAUUAUUUCACCCCCCACCAGAAGUGCCCCGGGCUCUGCUUACUGUUGUGUUCACCCUGCAGAGAAGUGCCUGCGCUCGGCUGGGACUUUCAGCCCUACACCGCUGAUAACAUCUCUAUAGCUGGAGGCUUUCACUCCUCUCUUACUCAUAGUCUCUGUUUUGGUUUGUAUGUCUGAAAGUUCUGACUUCUGGCUCCCUUGAAAGUUGGGGUCUUUUUCUGGUAAGGUUUAGAUUUGUCUCAGUGUUUCUGAGCAUUGGGUGGAAGCAAAGUCCCAGCAGCCCCAGUGCAUCGACUGCUGUGCUGCUUCUCCCUUGAGGCCAAACUUUCCUUGUUUCAGGAUGUUCAGGAUGUUGUUUAGUUUCUGUCAUAGUAAUCUCACGUCUUCAUGCAUAAAGGACGUGCUCACCUCCAGCUUUUCAAGCAUGGCUCUCAAACAUAAGCCCAAAGAAGCAAAGUCGAAAUUCAACAGCUUCAGUAACCGAUGGAUGCUUCUCAUCUUUUCAGCGUGGUUCUUUGGCUCAGGGUCAUCCCAUGUGUGCAGAUGUUGAUUGAGGAGGGACCACCUGACCAGCACCCCUGCAUACAUGGCAGCUCGAGCUCUCGGCAGCCCCACAAGCAAACAGGGCAGAUCUCCCUGCAUCUCCAGCCAUGGGGCUGUUUCCAUUGUUUCACAUGUUUUUGCCCUUUUGAUCUUUGAUCUGAGCUGCUGCAGGUGAAAGAAGCGUUUCAGUAUUGACAAAAGCAGCCUAUUGCCGUGAGCCCACAUGGUGCUGUGUGUGGGAUGGCUGGGAUCGUUCAAUAAACCCAAUGUUUCUUUG